AUGACGCUUCCCAGGACGAUAAGGCCCUUCCAGCAGCCGUGGCGGGCAGGAAAGAGCGCGCACACGGUCACGCGAAUCCAUCGAUUGGAGUCGCGGAGAGGGCUGGCGGACAAGCUGUCAGAAGCGCAACCGAAGCCCAAGAGAGGCUCAUGGCGGUUCUUGAAGUGGACGUGGCGUAUCACCUAUCUGUCUCUCGCAGGCACACUCAUUUACACGGGUUAUACCAUCUACGUCGACCGUAACCCAGCCGAGCAAGCGGCGCCGGACCCAACGAAGAAGACAUUGGUGGUCCUCGGCACCGGCUGGGGCUCUGUCUCUCUCCUCAAGAAGCUCGACACCGAAAACUACAACGUCGUCGUCAUCUCGCCCCGCAACUACUUCCUGUUCACGCCCCUUCUGCCAUCAUGUACGACUGGGCUCAUCGAGCACCGCAGCAUCAUGGAGCCCAUUCGCAAUUUCCUCCGUCACAAGAAGACUUCAGUCAAAUACUACGAGGCUGAAGCGACCAAGAUCGACUACGCGAAAAAGGUUGUUUACAUCAACGAUGACUCCGAAGUCAAGGGCAGCGUGUCAUCCAAUGAAGUCCCAUUCGAUAUGCUUGUGGUCGGUGUUGGUGCUGAGAAUGCCACUUUCGGUAUUCCUGGAGUGCGCGAACAUGGAUGCUUCUUGAAAGAGGUCGGAGAUGCGCAGCGCAUUCGCAAGCGCAUCAUGGACUGCUGUGAGACUGCCACGUUCAAAGAUCAAUCUCCCGAGGAACGCAAGCGCCUGCUGCACAUGGUGGUGGUUGGCGGUGGUCCUACGGGCGUCGAGUUCGCUGGCGAAUUGCAAGAUUUCUUUGAGAAUGACCUCAAGAAGUGGAUACCCGAAAUCCAGGACAACUUCCACGUAACUCUCGUCGAGGCCCUGCCAAAUGUCUUGCCGUCGUUUUCCAAGAGCUUGAUUGAUUACACUGAGAAGACCUUUGAGGAAGAGACGAUAUCCAUCCGAACCAAGACCAUGGUGAAGAAGGUCGAACCUGAGUACAUCGAGGCUGAGUAUACCAAUGCCGAAGGAAAGAAAGUCACUGAAAAGAUCCCAUAUGGUCUCCUUGUCUGGGCUACUGGCAAUGCGCUCCGCCCUAUCGUCAAGGACCUCAUGAGCCAGAUCCCAGCACAAAAGGACUCCCGCCGUGGCCUCGCCGUCAAUGAAUAUCUUGUUGUGAAGGGUACUGAGAACGUCUGGGCCGUUGGAGACUGUGCAGUGGCCAACUAUGCUCCAACUGCACAAGUUGCCUCACAGGAAGGUUUCUUCCUUGCUCGCAUGUUCAACCUCAUGGGAAAAUCCGAGGAAAUUGAGACGAAACUCAAGGCUCUGUCUGAGGAGCAAGAAAAAGCACCAAACCAGGAGGCCAGGAAUCAGGUGUUCGAGCAGAUCAAGGAUAUGCAGAAGCGCUUACGCCGCGUGCAGCAAAUCGGACCAUUCGAGUACUCUCACCAGGGUUCUCUGGCGUACAUUGGAAGUGAAAAGGCAGUUGCUGACAUCUCAUGGCUCACUGGUAACCUUGCAAGUGGUGGUCAGCUAACGUACUUGUUCUGGCGAUCUGCCUAUCUUAGCAUGUGCUUCAGCACUCGCAACCGCAUACUCGUGAUUGUGGAUUGGAUGAAGUCUUCACUCUUUGGACGCGAUGUCUCGAGAGAGUAA